CGCACCCACUGGUUAACAACGCGUAGGCUUCAACACCGACAGUCGCUCUUUUCAUUCGAUGGCCUGCAGUACCGCUGAGGACCAGCAUACUUUGUACUUUCAUAUAUUUGCACGAAGGCAAUGUAGACAAGUCACCAAGUCACUUUUCCGUAUAUGACACGAUCCGGCGUGAAAAGGUGAACGAACUAUCGCAACCCUCUUCGACAACCUGACAUACCGGAUUGCAACCAGAUCCGACUAAGACCACCAGCAAAGAUUGAAAAAAAUGGCUACCAUGUUACAGGACACGCAAAAUGAAAUAGCAGAUCGUUAUUUGAACUGUACGAUUUGUAUGGAGCGAUACAAAAACGCUAAAAUUCUGCCAUGUUAUCAUUCAUUUUGCGAACCUUGUCUGAUUACAUAUGUUGAUGACGACCCAGUCUUUUCCUGUCCUCUCUGUAAGCAUCAGUGCAAAAUUCCCCCUGGGGGAGUCACUUCAUUUCCGUCUUGUGCGCAAAUCAAUGGGAUCAUCGACAUUAUUGAAAUGCGAGAAAAAGACAGCCAGAGCAGUUGUCCGGAUAAAAAAACAGACUAUUCCAAAUGUGAAAUUUGUCAGAAAUGCAAACAGGAACACAGAUGUGUGGACUGUGCUAGAAACAUUUGCAAAACAUGUGCUAGAGCGCAUGCAAACAUACCCGCCAUUGCAGGCCAUCGUGUGCUUGACCUCGAAGAGUAUGAUAUAGUGAGAGAUGAGAAUGAAAGCCUGGUGCCUCCUGACAUCACGUGUACUGUGCAUGAUGGAAUGCCAUUGGAAUAUUAUUGCACGCAAUGCUCAACACCUGUGUGUAGUGAGUGUAAAGACGAACAUCAUGCAUCACAAGGACACGCAUGUAUUUCAUUAAAGAAACAAGUGGAACAUUUGCAAAUGGAGGAAGUACGUUUAAAAGAAAGUGAAAAUCAAGCUAGGCAAGCACUUUUCAGGUUAAAGCAUCUGUCUGAAGAUCAGAAACACCUGAUUGCACAACAGAAGACGAGAACAUGUAUGGAAAUUACCAAGAAAUUGGAUGACGAGGAGCAAUCUCUCUUAGAUGAUUUCAACACAAAAUGUAAGCUGGCUGAGACUGAUGCUAAAAUGAAAAUAACAGACCUGCAAUCAGAAUAUAAACAUUUAAAAUCACGUAGACGAGCAAUCGAGGGGUUGUUACAAUCAGGAGAUAAACCAAUAAUGACGGACAAUUUCAAUUAUCAACGUAGAGUACAGAAAAUCUUUGAAGAUGAAGAAGAUACAGAAAACCAGCUUCCCUAUUUUACAUUGGGUGGUGUGAUGCUGACUGGUCAUUUGGGAGUUGUCAGCUACAACGAUUUGCAAACUGACUUGGGCGAGGAAACAUGUGUAGAUCCCGGGGAACUGCAUUUAGACACUGAGUUGCUACCAGAACUAAUCAAGGCAGACGAAACGGUCCAUAUAUAUAUUACAGAGGCGAAGCAUAACAAGGGAAGGGUUGUAGUUUUGAAGAGCAUGAAAGCCGAAGUGAUUGAAUUAUCCGACUACAACAUUACGAAAAUGAAAAUAAGUAGCUCAUUUGAGACAAACGGCGAACACAGAAGAUUAACUGGCGAGUUCAAAUGUAGCUCUGAAGGCAGGCAUCGACUGUCUGUGACCUUAGCUGGACGUCACAUCCAGGGCUCACCUCAUUGCAUUGAUGUCCAUCCACGGUGGAGACAAACGGACCAAAUCAACAUCGUAGAUGACGUCAAUGUAGGUAGUGUAAACAUCGAUUACCAAGGUAACAUUGUAAUUACCGACCCCCGGAAUCAUAAAAUUGUUAUUUUAGACCGAAAAGGCGUGUAUAAAGAAGAUAUCCAACUGGUUGGAUUUGACAAACCGUUCUCGCCCAUUGAAGUGGCAGUUACUAAGCAUAAUUCAUACAUUAUAAUUGAUGAUAGCAACCACCAAGUUGUUGUCUGUGACACCAGAGUCAGGUACUUUGGCCAGGAUAAGCUGCACAACCCAAGUGCGAUUGCAUUAAACGAGAACAAGGGAUUCAUUUAUGUAGCUGAUCAAAGAAACAUGGAAAUAUUUGCAUAUGCAAAUGACGAUCACAUCAAGUCGGUUGUAGUAUCAGAUGACCAAUCGAGUCACAUCAAAUCCCUGACUGUCAACAAUAAAGGGAAUGUGCUCGUUCACUACGGCGAGUCUCUGCGCACUUUUAGUCCAGAAGGCAACCAUAUUUUGAUGCUUAACCUCAACGAAUCGUACAACUCUAUCGCAAUAGAUAGGCAUAAUAAUAUCUACGCAAGUGAUCGGAAUUGUCUGCGGAAGCUGAACUCUGAUGGAAAGAUACUGUGUGAUAUAUACCGGGGUACGACAUUUAGACCUCAUCGUGUCACUGUGUCACGUGACGAUCCGUGCAAGGUGUUUGUUACUGAUUGGGUCAUGUGGUCGUCAGUGAUUGUAUUCGAAUAACUGGCAAUGUAUAAUAAUCACAAUGUGUAAUUGGUAAACGCUAUGUUAACCACAAAAGCUGAUUUACCUGACUUUCACACCCAAUUGUUCAAAUGGAAAAUUAUAUCUCUCGGAACAAAAAGUGAUGACAUUGCAUGUGUUCAUUAUGCACAGUAAAAAAUUACACAUCAGCUACAAAUAAUAUACGACUAAGUAAAAUAUAUAAUAAUUGGUCACAUUUGCGUGACGUUAAAGUGCGCCGCACACGGUAGAUUAUGGAAUGUUUUUUUUUUUCAGUUUCAGAGGAUUUUUGACCUUUAAUGUGCAUUCCAACAGAUAAUUGAUAAACUUUAGACUUACCAGAAGUUCAUGCUCAUUUUAGGGUGAAUACACAAAUAACAAAAUGUUUAUAUCGUUUGUAUUUAUUAGUCUCUA